AUGGAGGAUGGUAAAGAGAGGCCGAUAGCAUAUGCUAGCCAGACAUUGUCGGUCACUGAACGGAAAUAUCCACAAUUUGAUAUAGAAGCUCUGGCUAUUGUGUGGGCAGCACAGAAGUUUUUUCUUUAUUUGUAUGCAAGACAUUUCACAUUGAUAACGGAUCAUAAGCCAUUGCCGCAGAUUUUGCAUCCUGAUAAAGGCCUUCCAACGGAUACUAAGACUAAUAUCAAUGCUGAUUUCUGCUCAAGAGCAAUUGAUACGAACAUGAUUGGCAAGAUCCGAGAAGAAUAUGACGAAUUCGAUAAUUUUGUAAUAAGACAAAUGCAGCAAUUGCCCACAACCCCAGAGCGAAUCGCUUCGGAAACUCGUAAAGAUGACGAAUUGGGCAAAAUAGUGAGGUUAUUGGAGGCUGGGAAAUGCCUCAAAUCGCAUGGAUAUAAAUCACCAGUUGUAAAUUAUAAACUUUUCGGUGAUUGUUUAGUAUUUGAGCACCGUGUUGUAAUUCCACCGAAACUCCAACACAACGUACUUAAAGACCUUCACGCCGCUCAUCAAGGCGUUGUUAAAAUGAAAGACGUCGCCAGGUAUUUCGUUUACUGGCCAGGGUUGGAUAAGCAUAUAGAAGAUGUAGCCAAGGCAUGUGAUGAAUGUGGACGAUUUGCAAAUGUACCAGUGAAGUUUGGUGGACAUCAUUGGCAGUAUCCAAAGCAACCAUGGGAACGAAUCAACAUUGAUUGGUGGUCCUUUUGUGGGAAGAAUGUUAUUACAAGCGCUUACAGUAAGUGGAUUGAAGUUAAGAUAACGCCAUCAACUUCGUCAGCAGCUACGAUUAAUGCCUUGGAUGAGCUAUUUUCAAGCUUUGGAGAUACGAUUACGGUCGUAUCGGACAAUGGAAUGGGUUUUUCAUCUGCAGAAUUCAAGGAUUAUUUGACGCGAAUUGGAGUGUAA